GAUCUCUCCAGCGUCAGGCAUAACUUGACAGGUAUGUCUGUCUCAAUUGCUCAAGAACCCGUAAACAUCAAUGAUGAUGAAGAAGAAAUUAAGGAUGUAGAUGCUAACAACGACAAAGAGGAAGUUGACAAGGGGAAAGACGCGACAAUUGUUCAGAACGCAAGUCAAAGUAGUUUGAACCCAGCAUUUGAGGCGGUCGAAGUUAUAGACAGAGCAGCCAACGACAGUUCUUCGGGAACCUGCAGCCGCUGGAUGGUCACAUUGGCGCUCUGUUUGUCCUCCCUGGGACUGGGCAUGAGCAUUUCUGUUGUGGGCCCCACCUUUGAGGACCUGGCCAUCAAUGUCAACCAGGACAUCAGUAACAUCUCCUACAUUUUUGUAGGGCGUGCUGCUGGGUACUCUGGUGGCUCCUUAUUUGGAGGGAUUCUCUUUGAAUACUUGAACCCUCAUUUGCUGUUGGGAUUCUCCAUGUUGGUCACAGGAAUUGGCACGUGUGCCAUCCCUUUCUGUAAGAAAGCUGCUAUUCUCACUUUCAUGAUGUCCGGUAUCGGAGCCACUAUGGGUAUUUUAGACACAGGUGGGAAUGUCCUCAUCCUGAACACGUGGCGUAAGCAAGCUGGACCCCACAUGCAAGCAUUCCACUUCAACUUCGCUGUUGGGGCUUUCGCGUCGCCCAUCAUCGCCAAACUGAUUUUCGGAACCGACCGGAUCCCGCACAAAAACAUCAGCACGGUAGCCUUGGUAACCUCCCCGCCCUUAAUCGACCGGGUCUCCGAAACCCCCCUGAACUUUCUCUACGAAACCCAAAGCUGGACCACCGACCUCAAAUCCUUGUGGUCCUAUGUCGUUAUCGGGUCCUUCAUCUUCCUUGUUUCCCUCCUCUUCUUUACUAUGUACUGCCGGAGCACCAUGUCUCGUGACAAGCUCCAGACGCAAGCAACUGAGCCUCGGGUGUCCAAGCACCACAACGCUCUCAUCAUCCUGCUCUUCUGGUUCCUCUUCUGGUACGUGGGAGCUGAGGUUGCCUACGGCUCCUUCAUCUUCACCUUCGCCAAGGAUUACGCCCACAUGGAGCAGUCUCAGGCCGCGGUCCUUAACUCUUUAUUCUGGGGGAUGUUUGCAGCUGGCCGGGGCAUGGCUAUCUUCUUUGCGACCUGCAUGCACCCAGGCACCCUGAUCCUGCUGAGUCUGUUGGGCUGCAUGCUGUCCUCCCUGCUACUCACAUUCUUCAACAACGUGCAGCUGGUCCUCUGGAUCUGCACAGGGCUUUACGGUAUCUCCAUGUCCACCACCUUCCCCAGUGGAAUCUCCUGGGUGGAACAGUACACCACAGUGACUGGCCGCUCGGCCGCCGUGUUUGUGGUGGGCGGGGCCCUGGGGGAGAUGGUGCUGCCCGCUCUCCUGGGCUUCCUGCUGGGGACGAACAUCCGGGAUUAUCCCCUGCUCAUGUACCUGACCCUGGUCACAGCCAUCAUCACCGCCAUCCUCUUCCCCAUCAUGUACAAGUUGGCCACUGGCUCAAGCAGAAAACGCAGUGUCAAGAACCAGACCAAGGCUGAGAAUGACUACUGCCAAGCACAGCUAGACUCAGGGGCCGGAUGAAGAGAAGAAAGAGGAGGCCAACCAGUGGAAUUAAACAACAGGUCAAUUAAAAUUGCAGAGGCUCUUGUCGUAAACAAUUAUAACACAGUAUUAACAGUCCCAGAAGUGAUCUAUCUCUGAUGCUUGGUAGAUAGGUUGCGAUUUUACUCAAUGUAGAAGUGAGCAAGAACAGAAUUCUGGACAGUGUUUAGCGUCAGUGCCAUUGUGUCUUUGGCAAACACGAUUUUGUCAGCACAAUGUAAUAUUUUUACCGUGAAAGCGAUUUGUAAGAAGUAAUCCGCAAGUCUGAAUAUUGUGAUUAGACUCUAGGUUAGGGAGUAUUUUGUUCAAAACACUGUCUAAACCAAUGAAAUGAUUUACCUAUAUCUUACGAUCAUCAUCUCAACCAUAUUUUCAUUAAUCAGUGACA